AUGUCCUCAAGCCACCGUCUGAGGGACAUGGAUCAACAGCAACCCCUGCUGGACAGGCAGGAGGAGGUUGAGAGAAGUUUCCACAGCGAGGUUAAGCAGCUCUGGUUCAUCCAGGACUGCUGCGGCAUGGUGUGUGCCUUCAUCACCUGGUUCCUGGUCUUCUUCGCCGACUUUGUGGUCACCUUCGUUAAUCCUCUCUUUCCACCCCCCUGUUCUCAGGGAGCUGUUCCAAAAGGAAACGCCAAUAAGAAAUACCUGGAGAGUCUGCAACUGAAGCCAGGAAAUGUAAUCUACAAAUGUCCAAAAUGCUGCAGCAUCAAACCUGAGAGGGCUCAUCACUGCAGUAUCUGUGAGCGCUGCAUCCGAAAGAUGGACCACCACUGUCCCUGGGUCAACAACUGUGUCGGAGAGAAGAACCAGCGCUUCUUCGUCCUGUUCACUAUGUAUAUUGCUGUAAUCUCUGGUCACGCUCUGGCUCUCUGUGGAUACCACUUCAUCACGUGCAUCAGAGUCCAGUGGAGAGAGUGCAGCAAUUUCUCUCCUCCAGCGACGAUGAUGCUGUUGAUCUUCCUCUGCAUGGAAGGCCUCCUCUUCCUCACUUUCACAGCCAUCAUGUUCUGCACUCAGCUCCACUCCAUCUGCAACUAUGAGACGGAGAUUGAGCGUUUGAGGAACGAGAAGCCAACAUGGGAGCGUCGGACUUGCUGGGCAGGCCUGAGGUCGGUGUUUGGAGGUCGGCCCUCCCUGCUCUGGAUGAGCCCCUUCGCUGGACUCAGACUAUCAAGCUUUGUACCUAAACGCACCUGGAGGGGUGGGGCAGAGUUCUCAGUCUGA